AUGGAGCUGGAAGAAUUUAUCACCAUUUUGGAGGGAAAUUUGAAAUCACUUCAGAGUGAACUAAGACACGUGGAGGAUGAAGCUGCUGAACUUCACAAACGUCGUGAAGGCAUUAUCAACAAUUUACAUCAUGCGAAGAAAAAGCGGCGUGAGAUGGAAAACCUUGUUGUACAAAGGAAGAAAAAAUUAGAAUCCUUGGAGAGAGAAGAUGACCUUGAUACUGCAAAAAAGCUCGUUGACAGCGCUGAGAAAUUGAACAUUGAGCGGUAUCGAAUUGCAGUUGAACUUAAGAAUUUACUCAUCGAGGCUGUGGCUUACAGGAGAAGUUUUUCCGAAAAGAACAUGGCCUCCAUUGAACUUGAAGCUAAGAAUUUACUCAUCGAGGCUGUGGCUUACAGGAGAAGUUUUUCCGAAAAGAACAUGGCCUCCAUUGAACUUGAAGCUAAGGUCAAAACCAGACCUCACAUGAUCAGAACCUCAGCAUAA